ACCCAAAGUCGCGCUAAGCAAGUCUCGUCCAUGUAGUUUUAUAUUUCUACAGGCGCUAUUCGUAGCAUAGUUCCUCUAUAAUGACAGAAGCAGUUCUUAAAACUGUGAAGGGCGAAUAAAGAGUUAAGAUAGCUCACGAUGGAUCAAUGGAUUAGAGAACGGCUUUCUAGUUGCUUGUGUUUCGAGAUCCCAGAAGAAAUGAUAAGCUAUAUAAACACUAUACGGGAUAAUAAAGAAGUUGACGAAUACUUCCGUACGCUCCUGGACUCCACUAAUGUAGAGCAUAUGGCUUUUCUGAAUGAGCUUAAGGCAAAAAAGAAGGGAAUUACCCUAACUAAUAAACCUCAACAGCUGAAAGAUGUUGCGAAAGGAGCAACAGGUAGAGGUAAGAACAAAAAAAAGGGUGAACAUAUUUCACAACAUACAAGUUCCGAACUGUCGGAAGCGAGAGUGCCUUUGAGCUCAAAGAAGAAAACAAACCACAUCUUACUGCAUGGUCACGAUGAUAUCCUAAAAAACGUAAUGAUGUCGCAAGGCCGCCAUUACUGCGACUGCCAGGCGACAAAACAUAGGCUCAUCAACAACUGCCUCAACUGUGGCCGAAUUGUGUGCGAGCAGGAGGGUAGCGGAUCAUGUUUGUUUUGUGGUUUGCUGGUCUGCACAAGCGUAGAGCAAGGUGUCAUUGACAGUGCAACUAGUACUGGAGCUGCACUGAAGCAUUCGUUGAUGGCUCAAAAUCGGCCGAUCGGAUUGACUGAAGCAGUAAUCACUCGCAAUCGCUUACUAGACUACGACCGAAAUAGUGAACAGCGAACGGCCGUAAUUGACGAUGAAUCAGAUUAUUUUCGUGUCAACUCAGUGUGGUUGUCUGAUGCUGAGCGAAGCAAUCUCGAGCAACUAGAGAGCGAGUUGCACAAGAAAAAGCACACGAGUCGCCUUUCUAGUCGAAUAUCACUUGGUUUUACUGAGAGCAAAUUGAUGGAACCCCAACUAACAUUCGAUAAUACGAAGGCCAAGUUUGAUCGGGUCGCUAAAACAUUGAACGAUCAGGAGAAUGUAAAGGGUACGAAGAACACGGAAACAAGUAUCACCAAUAUGCGCCCCUGUGUAAUGGGAAUAACUCCUACGUUUGUCGAUACUAACUAUCCGACGUUAGUCAAAGCAGAAGUCUUCAAGCAACACGAUUUCAACGAAGUCUACAACCGAGUGCAGGAUAAAGAAUUUCUCGAAAUGUCUGAUUUUCGAUACUGUCUCUCGCUACAUCAACCUUGGGCUUCUAUGCUAGCGGCUGGCAUCAAGCGUCACGAAGGUCGUACGUGGUACUCGGCACAUCGUGGUCUUCUGUGGAUUGCAGCCACCGCCAAACCAGUGUCAAUGGAAACAGUUAGCGAGCUUGAGGCGUUCUACCGAACGAUGUACAUUAAUGAAACGUUGAACUUCCCGAAGCAAUACCCUUCCGGAUGUUUGGUGGGGUAUGUUAUGGUGCAAGGAUGUCUGCCGCAAGAAGAAUAUCGGAAACAAUACCCAAACGGAGAAUGUGACAGUCCCUUUGUUUUCGUCUGCAACAACGCUCAGGAGCUUCCUAUUCAAAUUCCAGUGAAAGGAGCACAUAAAAUCUAUAUCCUGGAUUCUAAAGUACAUCAAGCGGCUGUUAAAUCUUUGCAGCUAGUAGGAAAAAGGUUCGAAACAAAAACUGCAGUAGCUUAGGACAAAAGGUUUUAUGGUCCUGCUGCAAUGCCACCAAGGUGACAAUGAAAUAUGUCAAAAAUGCACCAUCCACACCAGACCAUCCAUAACGUUCGUUUCCACUCUUCGCACUCUGUCAUCAUCUUUAUCUUAACAUUGUGUAAUUACUAAGAUAACAUCUGCAACAGAUAACGGUGACCCGCGAUUGCUGUAUCGUCCAGCGCAAAACUAGUUGUGUCCCAACAUGAAGACCUAGAAAGGAAUAAACGGACACUUCGUCCUACCAACCAACGAGAAAAAAUAAUUUUUUUCUCCUUUUUGGAAAUUCUUUUUCGGAAUUUUUGGGAGCUUCACAUCCAUCUGUUACACAAUCCGGUUUUAUAGUUUUAGAUCAAUCGUGCAUCGUGCAGCAGGCGUAUGCUCUUGGACGUUCUGUCGCGUUGGGGAACCGAUGUGAGAGAACGGCUCCGAGGGCCAGCUCGUGCUUAGAUCUUACGUGCUCUAAAUGUUACCGAGAAAGUUGCAUUCAUUCGAAUGCAGUGUUGCAGUGAAUGCAGUGUUCUUAUUUCAUUGUUAGCGAUUGCAGCGCCUGUUUUGCACACAGCUUUCUGAAACCCGAUACUUCAGUCAAAAUAUUGGUUACACUGCCCAAUGAGAGGCCUAAGGCUUCUACUAAAUCCCUUUCAGUCACUCGACGAUUUUUCAA